AAAAUAAGCAGAUCCUAGUGCUGGGCCUGGAUGGAGCAGGAAAAACCAGUGUCCUCCACUCUCUAGCCUCAAACAAAGUCCAGCACAGUAAGGCACCCACCCGCGGUUUCAAUGCAGUAUGCAUCAACACUGAAGACAGCCAGAUGGAGUUCCUGGAGAUUGGUGGCAGCGAACCUUUCCGUUCCUGCUGGGAAAUGUACCUGUCCAAGGGAUUGCUACUGAUCUUUGUGGUGGAUUCAGCAGAUCAUAACCGAUUGCCUGAAGCGAAGAAAUACCUACACCAACUGAUUGGAGCAAACCCAAUCCUUCCUCUGGUUGUGUUUGCAAACAAACAGGAUCUUGAAGCAGCCUAUCACAUUACAGAUAUCCAUGACGCUUUGGCCUUAUCUGAGGUGGGAAAUGACAGGAAGAUGUUCUUGUUUGGAACCCAUCUGACUAAGAACGGCUCAGAGAUACCCUCCACCAUGCAAGAUGCCAAAGACUUGAUUGCACAGCUGGCUGCCGAUGUGCAGUGACCAACACUAGGUCCACUGUGUGGCUCUCAAUCUAAGUGUCAUCAGAGAGUGUUGAAUGGCAAGCUUGAAGCCAAAGUUUCCACUUUCAAAUAAAAAAUAAGCCACUUUUUAUUUUCUCAAUGCAUGCCAUAUAUACAGUUGGCCCUUUAUAUCCAUGGGUUCCAUGUCUGUGGAUUCAAACAAACACCUAGAAAAUAUUCAGAAAUAUUCAGACACAAUAAAAGAGAACAAUACAAC